AUGAGUGAUGGUGAGUUACUGUAGGAAAAGUAUUACUGUAGAUUUGUGGGGAUUUAUAGAACGUUCCCUGACAUUCUGAUUUUUCUAAAUUACUGUAGCAAAACUUGUUUGAAAAUCUUGAUAAUUUGACUUCUUUGGAUACUGUAGAAAUUCGUUCUUCAAAAAAACUUUCCAAAUUUUCAGAUCAAGAAAAGAAGCCGGCAAAUCAAGAAAAUGCCGAAAACGACACAAAUGGAGCUGGCACACCGAACAACACUGAAAAAUCGACAAUUUCCGAUCCUUCAGGAAAUCAAGAUUUCGAAAAACGCGAAACCGAAGGACUUGUCGAAACUCCGCCGGAAAGAAAGGAAAAAGCUCCAGGUAGGAUUUAUUUUCUAGGUCUCAGGGCUCAAAAAAAUCAAGUUUGCGAUUCAGAAACGAAAGUUUCAGAUCCAAAAAAAUAAUUCAUUUUUUUUCAGAAGUCAAGGAUAUUGUAGAGGACGAAGCCCUUUUCAAAAGCCUUCAACAACUUCCAUUCUACCACGGUUUUUUGCCGCGCGAAGAUUUGCGAUGUUUACUCAGAAAUGACGGUGAUUACCUGAUUCGAGUCAGCGAAGUUACGGCAACAAAGGAGAUCAAAAGGGACCUGAUUUUGUCGGUUUUCGAAUGUGCACAUCCAAAUGGUCCAACUCCAGGCGGUGCAAAUAUUGGUGGAAAUUUGGUGGCUGAUGCUGAAGCUGCAAAAGAGAAAGGAGAUCCAAGAUCAGAGGGAAAUUUUGAGGGAAAAUUGAGGAAUAUGGUUGUGAGAAGAUAUAAUGGUAGAUUUGGAAUUGAAGUGUCGUUGUCUUUUGAAACUAUCAACGAUCUUUUGCAGCAUUAUCAUCAGAGCAAUACAUCGGAUGUGAGUUUUGACUUGAAACUAGAAAUUGUAAAUCUAAAGCUAGAGAGAGAGAGAGAGCUAUAGAUUGAACCCGAAUUUUUCUUUCAGCAAAAAAAGAAUCGAUUUCUUCGCAAUCCAGUCAAAUUACACAGUUGGGAAUACAAACAUACGGAUAUCAAAUUGGGCGGAUUAUUGGGCGAAGGAGCGUAUGGUGAAGUGAGAACGGGCAUUUUGAAGCGAAAAGGCAGAGAAGUUGAGGUGGCCGUGAAAUUGGUGAGUUUUCAGUGAGAAUUUGCGAUUUUUUAAAGCUGAGGCCUUCUUUAAAACGUUCAAAUUCAAACAUCAAUGAUUUUUGGCUCAAAUAACCUACAGUAACUUUAACUAUGUUUUGACUCUUAAUAAAAUAAAGAUUAGGAUUAAAAUAAGAUAUUAGAUGAGAGAGAAAAUAAAUUGAAUCAAAAGAAAUAUGAAUUUUCCUAACCUAAACUAAUGGGCAAAAAUUAAGGGAUGAGGAAAUAGAAAAUUGUCUAAAAAUAAAGAAAAUAAUACAAUAACGCAUAUCGAAAAUGAACCGAGAAAUAACAAGAGAGAGAGAGAGAGAGAGAGAGAGAGAGAGAGAGAGUUUUUGUAUUUUAUUAGGGCUGAUUCACGAACGAAAAAAAUGUUAAAAAAUGUUUUUUUAACAUCGAAAGAUCAAUUCACGAAAAGUCAAAAAAUGUCGAAAAAACAUUGUAGGUCAAAAUAAUUUUUACGAGUUUUUCAGCCCAAAAUGAUGACAAAUCGAUUUUUUUCAAGCUUCUAGAGUGAUUUCUGUUGAAAAUUGACCUUGGAAUUCACUUUCCAGAAGGUUUUGCUGAUUUUUCGGAAAAUAAAAAAAUUUUAAAUUUUGAUGAAUUUCGAAAAAAAUCAUAAAAUAAAGCAAAAUAGGGUUCUCGAAGCUUAUUUUCAUCAGAAAUCACUCCAGAAACUUCAAAAAUUUCGAUUUGUCAUCAUUUUUGACUGAAAAACUGGAAAAACUAAUUUUGACCUACAAUGUUUUUUCGACAUUUUUUGACUUUUCGUGAAUUGAUCUUUCGAUGUUAAAAAAACAUUUUUUAACAUUUUUUUCGUUCGUGAAUCAGCCCUAUUGAAUAAGAGUAGAGCUAUAUUUUAGUUUGACCUAGUUAGAGGGAUGUUUUUUGUUUUGUAGUUUGGUGUUGAGAAAAUGUUCAAUGUAUUUCUGUUGAUAUUUAUUGUUGGAAUUUGAUUUUUUAUAAAAUAAACUUUUUGGGUAAUAAAUACCUCACAGAAUCCAUUUUUGGUGAAUUGUUUUUCCGUUGAUCUCACGAAAAAUUUCAGAUGAAAGGUGGUGACCUAAACAAGGUAAAAAUCCGCGAAAUGAUGAAAGAAGCCCGUCUCAUGCGUGGAUUCAAACACAAAAACGUGGUCAGAUUUUACGGCGUCGCAGUCGAUGAACAACCCCUCUAUAUUUUAUUGGAAUUGGUGAAAGGCGGUGGUCUCAACACGUAUUUGCAAAAAAAUAGAAAGGAAACGACUUUUGAUUUGAUGAAUAUGUGUUUGGGAGCUGCGCAAGGACUACAGUAUUUGCACGCAAAUAAUUGUAUACAUCGAGAUAUUGCCGCAAGAAAUUGUUUGUAUUCAAAUGAUCGUGUUGUGAAAUUGUCGGAUUUUGGAUUGUCGAGAAUUGGGAAUGCGUAUAAAUUGCAAACUUCGCAAAAAUUGCCGAUUAAAUGGUUGGCUCCCGAAACUAUCACUACGCUAUUUUUCACCUUCAAGACGGAUGUUUAUAGGUGAGCAGAUUUGCCUUACUAUAAAAUUUUCUAGAACAUUUUCUAAAAUAUUCUAAUUUUUUUUGAAAAUAUUUUUUUGCAGUUACGGAGUAAUGUGCUAUGAAAUAUUCUCGGAAGGCGAAGAACCAUGGGAUAGUAUAACAAAUACGGAGGCCAAGAAAAAUGUGGUUUCCGGAAAACAUUUGCAAAUUCCCGAAACAUGUCCUGAAAAAUUCCGAACUUUUAUCUAUGAGAAGGUUUAUGUGAAAGAUCCGAAGAGACGAGUUACAAUGGACGAUAUUGUCAGAUUUAUGGAACCGGUUAUUGUUGAAGUUCAGGCGGAGCAGGUGAGCAUUUUGAUCUUUAAACAUAAUUUAACUGAAAUUUUGAAGGAUUUUGAGCUUAAUCUUAUCCUAUAAUUAUCAAUUUUCUUUUCACAGGAACGCGUCAAACUCGAGCCAAAAUCCACAAUUGCCGUGAGCACAAUUUCUACAGUAUCCACCGUAUCCACGUAUGACAACACAAAAACUCGAACCAAAAAACGAAAUCCAAAAAGAACGAUGCCAGUCAAAAAAAUGUCACAUCCCGGAAAUCACAAUAUGAUUGAGAAGUGA